GAACCCAACAAGUACAUCCCCCGGUCUGUCCCUCCCCGCAUCGUCGUCAACAUUUCCCCACCGACAAAACCCCACCGGACGACCACCAUGCCGCCACGCCCGCCGCUUGCGCCGGCGAUUGACGGUGCCAGAGCUGAAGAAGAGGAGGUCCUCCUCCGCUUCCCGCUGGACGACCCCGCGCUCCUCUUCCGCGCCAUGCUCGUAUGCAAGGCCUGGCGAAGCCUCCUCACCAGCCCCAAGUUCGGCACCCGCUACCGCAACCUCCACCGGGCACCGCUCUUGCUCGGCUUCUUCGAGAACGAGGAAAACCUCCGCGUAUGGUUCGAACCCUCGUCCCCCACCUCCCCCUUCCCCCCGAUGCAUCCCGACCACCGUGACCUCGUCGUGCUCGACUGCCGCCACGGCCUCGUCCUCUUGAGGUAUCCCGUCUUGGACUCGGAUGCUCGCGCCGAGGAACUCAUCGUCUGGGACCCCGUCGGCCGCCGCCAGUGGGAGUUUCCACCUCCGGAGUUCGCCGCCAAUAUCACCUACGACAAUGCGGUGGUGCUCUGCGCCGCCGACCGCUGCGACCACCUCGGCUGCCAUGGCGUCCCCUUCCUCGUGGCCUUCGUGGGCACCAACCCCUCGGUCGCCCAUGCCUCCGUCUUCUCUUCAGAGACCCGUGAGUGGAGCCCCGUUGCCACUUGUUACCCUCCUCCUCCUGCCGACCCUGACUUCGCAGUCGACCUCGCAUAUGAGCCCAAAGGCCUUGUGGGAGAUGUACUCUACUUCAAAUGCGACUCCGUGAUUCUACGGUUCGAUUAUAUCAGAGCUGAACUAUCAAUCAUUCGCGGGCCCUCAUGA